AACCUACAUUGAAUAUGUACGCCCGCAGGGUACAAAGCUGAAAUCUAUGAUGAGAUGUGGCAGUUUCUCAAGUUUGACAGCAAGCCGAGAAAGCUGAAGAAUAUAGUUUGAGUUAGAUACAAUAAAUUAAUCCCAGAUCAAAGUUUAAGUUGUUAAUUACGGAUGAAUUUGUUCACACAAAAUCAUGGCGUCUAGUUUUGUACAGCGAUGGAAUAUAAUUGGAUUUUCUGUUGUUUCGAGUAAAAAAAACAUUGACUUCAAUAGGAGAAUGUGGAUCUCUGCUUUUGUAUUUGUGGCAUUCAUUUUAUUGCUUAUCAUGUAUGGGAAUUAUGCCAUGAAUGAGCCAGGAGUACUGUAUGAAGAAAAAGGCUGGAUUAAAUAUGAAAUCAAAGAAGAUUCUCAGAAAACAUCUAAGGAAAGAGAUCGCGAUAAAUUAUUAGUUGAAUAUGAAGCAGCCAAGAGAACGUUAGCAAAAAUUUUCCAAAAACCAGCAGUUCAGCGUGCACCAGAUGUCAUUGGAAUCGGGGUUGAGAAGUGUGGAACAGGUGCUCUUAGGGCUUUACUUCGUAUGCAUCCGAUGAUCAAAACAGCACCCAAAGAAGCCCAUUUCUUUGAACGACCGGAUUUAUAUAAAUUGGGCCUAAAAGCAUAUACACCUAAGUUGGCCAACGUUUUACCUCAUGAAAUAUCAUUUGAAAAAACACCGGCCUACUUCAACUGGGGACUCGAGACACCAAAAUAUAUUCGGGAACUUGUUCCUAACGCCAAACUUCUACUUGUUUUGUGCGAUCCUACAAAAAGAACAUAUUCAGAUUAUUUCCAGGAGAUAUUGAUGCAUACUCUUAACGCAACAAAAACGUUUGAACAAUUGGUUGAUGACCUUCUUCUCUACUCCGCCAAUUUAAAUGAAAAAAUGAAUAUGAGCGGAUAUGAAAUGUUAUAUAUUGAGCAGUUAAAAAAAGAAAAGAUUACUAACCAUAUACUAACAACUGGACUGUAUUACUAUCAUUUACUAAGAUGGUAUAAUGUGUUCAAUAUGAGCGAUAUAUACGUUGUAGACGGUGAAGAACUUAUAUCUAAUCCUGCUAAAGUCAUAAAAGAGGUUCAAGACUUUCUGCACAUUCCAGAGUUUGUCUUACCAGAAAAUAUUCGAAAGGGACCGUCUGGAUUUUAUUGCUUUGCCAAACCUUUAGUAGUAGAAAGAAACGGCGUUUUAGUCGCUGUAACAGGACGUACGUUGUGUAUGACUGGAAAGGGAAGAACUAGAAAAGGAGCAUGGGGUGUCGCGAACCCCAAAUAUAUGGAAAAACUGCGCUCAUUUUUUGCACCAUUCAAUGAAAAAUUGUAUAAACUACUCGGUCGCAGAUUUAAUUGGUGACGAUCGAUUAGAAGUUAUUUCAACUGCGUCAUCCUGUACAUACUAUAGAAUAGACUAUAGACAUUAUACCACUUGAUUUAUAGCAAUAAAAAGAUAUUCUAUGAUAAUAAAUUUGUUAGUACUGGGUUACCCGCUCGCUUCCGUGAAGACGAGUGUGCUAGGAAAUCUCUAUCUACCUCGACCCCAACCAGCAGCGCAAGAUACUUAUACAUGUAAAAUAUGUAGCGUAAAAGUAAUAAAUGGUUUCAUUGAGAACACGGGAAUGUUGUAAAUACUCUAUUAUAAGCCUCAAUACCAAUACUUUUAUGAUAUAAUCAAGUUACUUAAUUUUAGUCACUUUAAUAUUGUGAACUUUUAAAAAUUGCAUCUAUUUUAAAUGAAAUAAAACCCAUAUUGAUUGCAA